CCACCAUUAUAACAUGGAGAAAAACAUGGCGGACAGGAUCAGUGGAGGCUGCAUCGGCUGAGCUGCUGGCAGUUUAAAAACAACAGCGGGGGCAGAAAGCCACCGUGGAGGGAGGCCACCGUGCAGGCUGGAGACUACUUUACGAUUAGGUAUAGGUUUAAUCGUGACCUGCUGUAAAAGUUCAUUUAUUAUUUUCCUUGAAACGAGAAGACAGAACCGCACGAGGAGCCACGAAAACAAGUCGGACAUGAACGGGGAGAUUGUCCGCAGUAGUCACUCAAUCAGUGUCCUCAGCUGUUCAAAGUCCAUAUCUCCAGUUCACGAUGAAAACACGAUCAAGCUGACACAGGAAGGACGGUGCUCGCCGAUAUGCUGCCAGCAAACUGAUGCUCAGAGGCCAGGAGAGGGCCAGGGAACAAACAUCGUCAACCUCUCACCAAAAGACUCGCCGACAGAUUUCCCAGAGAUGGAGAGUAGCUACAGCCAGUGUUCUCCCUGCUGGUCAGAUGGACAGACGCCUCUGCAGCUUCACCAACCUCAGCCCUGCCUCCGCUCCUCCACGGAUCUCCCCCUGACUCUCAGUAACAGCCUUUCUCCCCCUCCCCUCCACGCCAACAACAGCAGCCCCAUCCACAGCCUCCCCAGAAGAGGGCUCCGCCUCAAGGUUAAAGGAAAGAAAUCCACACUAAGAAUCACUGGGGGGAAAAACUCCCAAAACCGAAAAGUUACUGACUACUAUCCAAUACGACGAAGCUCGAGAAAAAGUAAAACAGAGCUGAAGUGUGAAGAAAAGAAGCUCUUAGACGAACUCAUCACAAAGGGAAUAGAAGAAGGAAUGGAGGUGCAGCAUAUAGAAGGAAAGGGGAGAGGAGUGUUUGCGACACGGUGUUUCCAGAAAGGCGAGUACGUGGUUGAGUAUCACGGAGACCUGCUGCAGAUCACCGACGCCAAGAAGAGGGAGACCGAGUACGCUCAAAACCCUGCAACAGGCUGCUACAUGUACUACUUCCAGUACCUUUGCAAAACUUACUGUGUGGAUGCCACUAAAGAGACUGGUCGAAUGGGCAGGUUGAUAAACCACAGUAAAAAUGGAAAUUGCCAAACCAAACUCCACGACAUCAACGGCGUCCCCCACCUUAUCCUCGUCGCUUCUCGAAACAUCGACGAGGGGGAAGAGCUUCUGUACGACUACGGAGACCGCAGUAAAGCCUCCAUCGCAGCCCACCCAUGGCUCAAAUAUUGAUCCAGGCCUUCUCCUUUAAAACAAAAGAAGAAAAAGGGAAACGUACAGUAACACUCAUGUUUCUCUUCAACUAGUGUACAAAUGCCUUAGAAACAGAAUGUGUACCCUUUUUGUUUUAGUAUUGAGGAAAUAGGAGGGGGGAGGGGUACUUAUGACAUUUUGAUUGAGGUCAAAUAACCUCAGUACUUUUUAUUUAUGAGUCUAUAAAACCUUCUGGUUGUUUUGCAGCACAUUUAUUUUGUACAUUUUGUAUUAGAGCAAUGCUUCUACAGCAUGCAGGUGGUAGUUAACGCUCUGCAUUUUUUAUACUGCUUUUUCUUAAUUAGUAGUUAGCAAUACUUGUAUUUAAGGCCCCAGAAACUUGUGUUUGGGUGCGAGAAAAGUAUGAGAUAGAAAUUACAAAAUCAUUUUAAAAAUCACACUCUGUUCAAGUGGAGUUUAAUUUCAGACAUCAGGACAUCAUUGGUGGGAGUGUAAAAGUGCACCAAACUCAUGGUUAGUUUUGCAUUUUGGGGUCUGAAUAACAAAAACAAUGACUUUGUGUUGAAUAAUUUAACUUCUACUCGUAAAAUAAUGAAUAUGAAACAAAUACUUGAAGGAAUACCAUACAUAGGAAUACACCAGAAAAGAGUUUUAUGAUAUUUUCAUGCUUUCUUUUAGUUUAUUUAAAGAUAUAUUGUAGUUUUAACUAAGUUAAUAAUCAUAUGAAGUAUCAUGUAGUUAAUGGUUGUGUAAUUCAAGUUUUCCUGAAGCGCAUACAGGUUUUUGUUGCUUUUUCUUACGCAUGCUUUGGUACAUAUACAAAUCUGCAAAAAUUGAUCAGAAAGUUGUCUACACUCACAAGUUAUUUUGAUAGCUGUUUUGAGUACUUUCUUUACGUUUACAUUAGAAGCUGAGCUUUAGGAAUCUUUUACCAUCAUUUUUUAUUAUUUUCUGACAUUUAAUUGACCAAAAAAUUAUUUAUUUAAGAAAUAUUGAAGAUAUUCAUUAAGAAAGUAAGGGAUAAUUGACAUUACAUAGAGUUGCGUGUAAGGUAAAUAUCUUCUUUUUUGGGGGACUCAGAGAGGCUUUUAGAGUAGAUUUUCAGACCAAAACAAAUGCUUUAAUCCCUCUCGAGACUUCCCCUUUCACUACUUCUGCAAGCCUGUAACUCUCUGAGAGAGAAAGUAAUAGAAAGGGCUGAAAAAUAUUUAACAAGACAAGUCUAGACAAGUUUAGACAGUCUGGCUGCAGACCGUACAUCUCUGACGGUGAGUCUCACAGAGUGUUCUUGUGAGAUUCUGCCUCUGUCAAAGUCUGGCAGUUACAUUCAGGAAAUAGCCACAUUGCAAACAUUACAGACUAAGCAACAUUUCAUAAAUACAUCUGGAAAAACAAUCAGUCAGAUUUCUAACUGGGAUUAAAUUAUGUAUCAACCCGUUUGAGAAGUAGUUACACAAAUGUUGGCUCCCUUUACCUUGGUAGCUUAAGCUAACCAGUUAACUUUGCUAAGUUAGCUUUAGCAAAGUGAACUUAAGAAAAUUUAGCUAAAGCUAACAAGGCUACGUAGAUAAUGUAACGAUAUAGCUUACGUAGCUUUGUGAGCUUAGCUUUGCUUACAUUAGCUAUGUAGCUACAUUAUCUACAUAGCAAUCAGAGACACAUUUGCUGCAUUAGAAUGUCUUCAUGGAGGACAUCUUUUUCCUGUAAGUAAACUGUUUACUCGGCUUUAUUAAACAUACUUUAAUCAGGAUUUGCAGGUCAGGUUUUUAACUUUAACUCUCAGUAUCCUAGCUGUUACCUUAAAUGGAAGUUUAAUCGGAUUUUAUUUCCACAGUUAUAGUGUUUAUUUCCAUUCUGACAAGAGACGACGUCUCGGAUAAACAGUCUUUGAGAGUGGCCGUCAGAGAUUUACCUCUCAACAUUUUUGAGCUUCGAAGCAAAACACGAACCAGCUGAAGGAAGUGCUGUCUUUUCAGUGUGAACACAGAGCUGAGAACAACAAACUCAGAGGGAGUUUUACUUUUCUCUUUUUCAGGAGGGCUUUUUUACAGUAUAUUUACAAAGGGUAUAUAAUAUUUUUUAAUAAAAAAGCAUUCAGAAUAUCCAAUAGUAUGCCUUUAAAGUCCUGUUAAGGUCAUUUAGAUACAAAUUAUUGCCACUAUAUCACUGCACUUUGUUAAUAUAUUUAUUUAUCUAGCUGUUGUUAACCUACAGACUCUGUGGGAAACCUUCACUUAUAUCCUUACUGGUAAAAAUGGCUAAUACAGUGCUCACUUUACACCAUUUAUGCUUAAAUAAUCAGAGCACUAAACCGAACAAACAAUAGCAUCCUGGUCUUUUCCAUUUUCCAGCCUUGAUAUCUAAACUUAAACGGCAUGUGCUCACUUAUAUAUUCAGUGUAUUCAUAAACACAUGGGAAUCCCAAAACAUAAAACUAUCCUAUUUAAAUGUGCGUUUUGUGUUCGACCACUAAGAAAUCAGGGUGUUGUGGUGCAGACAGGAGCUGGGGUAUCAAACAGAAACGGGUUCGGUGAACUUUUACACUCCUGCUCUUUCUAAGGAUUUUUGCAGGUUUUAUACACAAAUGUUCUUCUUGUUUUCACGGUUGUCACAUUUUCUCAAUCAGAUAUUCUAUGUUAAAGUAUUGAACUGCCAACAGGUCAUUUUUUUCAAACUUUAUUUAUUAAUACUUUUAAAGUCUCCUGGGUGUUUUGCAUGAACUGUAGCCAGAAGGUCAAUUUAACCCUGUGUUUAUUUUAUUCACUUUAAUUUGGGUUUGAUUUGUCCUGAAGAUUCAAAAGACACAUGAUUAUUUUUCUUUAAGGGUAUGGGUGAUCUGAAUUUUCUUCAUUAUUUUUUCUGUAAUGAAUCACAGUAGCGCUCCCAAAUCACACUACUUUGGUGAAAUCACUGCUACACUAAAUUAAAGCAACAAUGGACUAAAACUCAAUCAAUAAAACUCAGUUUUAGAGCAUAAGAUUUACGAUAUUCCAUAUUUUUCUUGCAAACAAAUCUUAUUAGAAUACAACAUGUUCGACUGUUUUCGAUACUGUACGACUGUCUGUGACUCUCAGCAACAAGCUAACCCUAACCCUAUUGAAGGCUUGAAUCCCUAACAACACUUUUGAAUAACUUAAGGAGGUUAACUUAUUUCACUCACUGUAAUUUUAUAACAGUAGAUAUUAUACAAAGAAAGUCAGGUAGCAAAAUUAAAAGUCUUACUAGUACACAUGCAAUGAUUCAACAUUUGUUCUAAUAUUUUUUAGUAGUACAGCACUCUCUUUAUCACUCAGUUCUUUUGUAUUGUCAGUAUUAUCUUAAUUAUAAUCAAUCUUUUUAAAUAAGUUACACAAUUUUGAAGCUGUGCAUUAAAGGAACAGUUCGAUGUUUUGGGAGUUUGUACCCCUUGUUUUACUUUAGCUUAGCUUAAGAUAAAGACUGAAAAUGAGGGGAAACAGCUAGCCUAGCACACCACAAAAGCACCAAAAGAAUCUGGGUACCAACUCAAGAAGAUCCACAGGUGCAUCUAAAAAAAUAAGGAUAUUAUUAAAUUUUUUUUUUUUUCCUGUGACUUAAUCCAAAAAGCAAAACUUCCAUAAAAUCCUGAUGAUUACAGCAAUUUAAAAAAAAAUACUAUCUCAAAUAUUGGAAUAUCAUCAGUCAGUGUUGACCAGCUAGAAAAUUAUGCUCAUUUAUGCACUCAAUAAUUCAUUGGAGCUCCUUUUUCCACAAAUUACUGCAGCGAUAUGAUGACGGCGAUCAGUCACUGGCACUGCUUGGAUGUUAUGAAGACCAGGUUGCUCUGUUAGAAGCUUUCAGCUCAGCUGUAUUGUUGAGUCUGGCGUCUCUCAUCUUCCUCCUUACAUUUUUCCAGAGAUUCUCUACAAGGUUCAGGCCAGACCAGUCAGCUGGAAAAUCAAACAGUCAUACCACGGUCAGUGAACCUGUUUCUGGUAGUUUUGGCUUCACUAUGGGCAGGUGCCGAGUCCUGCUGGAAAAGGAAAUCAGCAUCUCCAUAAAGCUUCUCAGCAGAUGGAAGGGCUCUAAAAUCUUCUGUUAGGCAGCUGAUAUGCUUUGAUUCAGAAUCUAAGAACAGCCUACCCUUUCAGCAGCGACCUUAUGUGGCUUACCUUCCUUGAGGAGGGCGUCAGUGAUUGUCCUCUGGACAUUUGUCAAGUCAACGGUCUUCCCCACGAUUGUGGUUGUGUGAACGGAACCAGAGUGAGAGACUGAAGGCUCAGGAAACCUUUGCAAAUAUUCUAAUAUUUUGAGAUAGUGGGUUUUAGAUUUUCAUGAGCUGUGAGCCAUAAUCAUCAAAAUUAAAACAAAAAUGUUUUGGAAUAUUUCACUUUGUAUAAUAUGAAUCUAGAAUAUGUGGGAGUUUAACUUUCUAAAGUAAAUCAAAGGGAGAAAUGAACCUUUACAUGAUGUUAUUACUUGCUUGGGAUGCACCUGUAUGUCUGUCAUAAAUCCAGUAUGAAGAUUAAUUCCCUCUGUUGCACUCCAAAAUUUCUGUGCAGAAUCGGAGUACUUAUGAAUUAAAAAUGACAGCAGAGGGUUUGAUUCAGGUUGGAUUUCUGUAACAAAAAUGCAAGCCAACUUCUGAGUAGUUUAAAAAAUUUAACAUUUGUGCAGUAACACUGAGACUGAACUCUACAAAUGCACAGAAAUUUAUUAUUUUUUAAAAUCCAGUCUGUUAAUAUUUUCAAAUCCACUUUAGCCGUUAUCAAUAUUGAUUCACAAAUUUAGUUUAGCCUUAAAACUUAUUCAUUUAAACAAAGUUUGAAGUUUAGUGAACAAGAGUACACCUUAAAGUUUCAGAAAUGAGGAUGAACAAAUAAAAAGACUUCAGUUAGCCGUUUCCCUCUUUAACAGUCUUUAUAAUUAUAAAUUCAACUGACAGACUGGAACAUGUGAUUUAUGUGAUAUAAAUUUACCUUCUCAUACUGUUUCAUCAAUCCCUCUUAUUUAGACUUAUUUUAACAUUUGUCAUAUUUAAGUGUUCAGAUAUUAAAGAGCCACCCAGUCUUAAGGUUUCAAAAAUAUUUAGUAUGUUAUUGAAAUCAUUAAAAUUAUUUAUCAGUGUUGAUAAGAAGUGAAAAUAUUCCUGAAAUCCAAAGUGUGUUUUUCUCCACAUUCCCCAGGCUCCUCUUACUGUAGCAUUAAUCCACACAUGUGAAAAGUUCUCAAUAUAAAGGGUUACUGAAGUCUUCAGAACUAAUGCAAUAAUAGCUGAGGGGCAGAACUGACCUGUUGGCCAUUUUAGAAAAAAUUGGUCCUUGCUGUUGUAGCGUUGAAUAAAUCUUAAUGCUGGGGUUUAGUCAUUGAUGAAUAAAGAUGUGAUAUGCAAGAAACACAAGUGAGAAUCUUGUUUGUUCUUGGAUAAAAUAUUUUGGAACACAAUUUCUUUGUUCUUAAAUCACGAUCAUAUGGAUUUUACAUUUUCUGACCAAAGCUAAGAUAAUAUUUCUAGAGCAGUGGUUCUCAGCUGGCUGGCAUAAGGACCAACCACCACCAUCAUGACCCAAAUUCUUCCAGUUGUUCAACCACUUAGAUGUAGUUCAUAAAAAUUGUUACAUUUUGGCAAUUUCUCAAGAAAUUUCCUAUUUAUUGUGGGAAAACCAGCUUUUUCUUCCACAAAAGGAGAUGGAUGUGUUGUAUCUUGAGAAAACUGAAAUGUUCUUGUCAUCACAAGAAAAAACAUAAAUAAUAUUUUCAUUCACUUAGGGCUAGGGCUGGGAAAUUAUAGUUAAAAUAUUUCUCUAACUUGAAAUGUGUCAAAAUACCG